AUGGCCAAAUAUUCCAAGGUAAUGCUCGUGUUUGGUCUUGGGGUGCUGGUGGUUAGCAUGUGGUGCAUGAAGGGCACUGAGGGUAGCAUUGAAGAUGAUUCUGGUGCCACCAUUCACGCAGUGAGGCGUGAAGAACCUCCUGAAGGGUGUGGAUCAGGCCACACCGAGGGAGGAGCGGAACAGUGCACAGACGAAGAUGACAGACUCGGAUUGUAUGCUGAUGUUGAUGACACUUUCAAGGCUGCCAUCAAGAGAGCCGCUUCUCAUUUCCAUUCUCAUGAUGACGCUGAUGACUCAUCGAAUCUUGCACACAAUCUGGGCCUGGUUAAGUAUAAUAAGUGGAAAAUGAGAGUAUAUAAUAAUGUUGAAGUUGACACGGUUCCGCGUGAAUUGCUUCAGAACUGUGCUAACGCAGUAGUAAGAUCGAAAUAUCACAUUCAGUCUCCAAAUAAUAAGCAUCCCAUGGUUACUUUAGCAUGGUCAUAA